AUGCCGCCUCCCGCAGCCCGCGGCGGCUGGUCCGUGUCGCAGCUCUGGCGCGACGACGAAGAAAUGGCCAACAAAAAGGACGAUGAUCUCGGCCUGCCUCGACACACCAAGCACGCUGACCAUUGGCAACCCGCCCCCAAGGCGUCCCUGGGCGUGGCCUCCGUGCUCCGGCUUGUUCUGUAUGCCGUCGUUUUCUUCUUGACAGGUUAUGGACUGUUCAGGGUCAUCGGGCCAGCUGCUGGCGCCUCGUCUCUUGAUCCGGCCAACUUGAUGCCCAUGUAUGAUAGGCCACGACCUCCUCCCAGAUAUGAUACACCGCGGAUGGAGGAGGACGCUCCUAUAAUCAAGACGCCCAAGACACCAAAGCCCCAGGCCAAACCCAAUGAUGGCGGAAGCAAAGCUGCAGCAGACCCGUCCAAGCCGUACAAUGGACCACUAAAGCUCCCGCAUUUGGGUCCUUCGUUGGAAGCCAUCAUGCUAGAAACACAGGGGAGGAUGCAAAAGAAUCGCAACGUCUUGUUCUCGGCAGCCAGUCUUAAAAGCGCUGCGCUUUUGCUCCCAAUGGCAUGCCAAAUGGCCACAGAGCGUCAGAACUAUGUACAUUUUGCCCUAAUGAGCAGGAGUGACAUUUCCAUCAAGGAGUUGCUGGCGAUCAAUGGCAUUGAUAAGUCGUGCCCCUUGGUUAUGCAUGAUGCCCGUCCUGACCAUUCUACAACGACAGCUGAGCCACGAAUGACCUUUUCCGUAACUCGAGCUCUCUAUUAUAUUAACCUCUAUAUGCACCCACAAGUGGUCAUCAUAGACUCUUCAUCAACUGAAGAAAGUUAUUUUCUCUCCGGCAUCCGUGAUAAGAUCCGAGAUACAGAAGCUACCUUAAUUGAAGUCUCGGAGAAGACAGCUCAGCGAUUCUCAUGGUUGUCGAAGCUUGAUUCUUCUGCUUUAGCAGCUUGGAAUGAGGUCAACUUUGAUAUCAUUAUCCAGGCUCCUCGGCAUGGCGCAGGUAAUCUCAAACGGCUACUUCGGUCUCUGGCUCGAACGGAUAUGGCCGGGGUCUCUCCGCCCCAUUUGACCAUCGAACUUCCCUCAACGGUCGAAGAGGACCUAACUAGCUUCUUGAACGGGUAUGAAUGGCCGCCAAAGGCUCACGGCGUGGCUCCCAAGACAAAGCUGCUGUCGCUUCGUCGCCGCAUUCCUCGACAUAAAAUGAGUGAAGAGGAGAGUUCUGUCAGAUUCUUGGAAUCAUUUUGGCCAGCUAAACCAUUUCACUCUCAUGUCAUAGUUUUGUCGCCUCAUACUGAAGUUACAUCUCAAUUCUUUCACUAUGUCAAAUAUUCGAUCCUGCAGCGACGAUAUUCAACCAUUGCCAACCGGCAGCAUUGGGAGAAUAAGCUUUUCGGCAUCAGUCUUUCGGCGCCCACGGCAUAUCUCGACGAUACUACUCAGUUCACGCCACCAAAGCCCCUGGAAGAACAAGGGUCUAAUAUAGAGGGCACGCCUUUUCUUUGGCAGGUGCCCAGCAGCGAUGCAAUUCUCAUUUUUGGCGACAAGUGGGUAGAGCUUCACGGCUACGUCUCUCAGCUUUUGGAGAAACAGCAUGCCUCGUCCACAACGCCGGAUCUUUUUGCAAAGAAGAAGAUUAGUACAAAGCACCCUGCUUGGCUGGAAUAUAUUCUGCAGCUGUCACGGCUUCGGGGAUAUUUCACCCUCUACCCUACCCGUCAGACCGCCAAUACCAUAGUCGGCAUCCACACAGAUCUCUAUGAUGUGCCGGAGGAAUACGAACAAGGAAAAACUGCUGAGCAGGAACAGGACUUGAUUAAGCUUGCCUCGGACGGAUUUGACCCAGCAUCGCAUGUAGAUGUGCUGGCAACGCUCCCACAUGAGGGCGAUUUGCCACUUCUUUACCACAUGCCGUGGCUGACCUGGGAUGGAAAAAACACGGAUGACGGCGCCAUCGAGAAGACUGCAGCCAAAUAUAAGCAAGCAUUUCGUACACAAAUUGGAGGAUGUAAGGAUGAGAGCGCGGGACCUGUUCCGGCAGUGGACCCGAAUGCUAGAGAUCUAUUCUGUUUUACCAAUGGUAGAUGA